AUGGUUUCGACUUCGAUACAGGACCGAACGAACGAGUUCCGCACUAUUCUGGCCCAAGCGCAGAAGCGACAGUCUGCUACGAAAGGGGGUCCUCAACGGCAAUCCCUCCUGAGCGAGGCGCAAAAGAGAGAAACAAACGGUGCUGCCAACGGGCCUACAAGAGGUGCGCGGUCAGAGUUCGCUCGCAAUGCAGCGCAGAUUGGCCGUGGCAUUACGGCCACGAUGGGGAAACUAGAAAGACUGGCGCAACUUGCCAAACGAAAAGCCAUUUUCGAUGACCGGCCAGUCGAAAUCUCCGAGCUCACAUAUGUCAUCAAACAGGACCUAGCCGGUCUCAACUCACAAAUCUCAUCCCUACAACAACUCACCCAGACUCAACAUCCUACCGCCUCACAACCGCGCUCGGCAGAUCAAGAAGGUCAGCAUAACAAGAAUGUGGUGCUCAUGCUACAAAACAAGGUCACGGAUGUGGCAGCGAACUUCAAGGAUGUGUUAGAAGUGCGGACCAAAAGCAUCCAGGCUUCGAGGUCGAGGACGGAGAACUUUGUGUCGUCGGUCUCUGCGCGGUCACAACCACACUUGGAUGAUACAAGAUCCGAAUCUCCGUUAUAUCAGAACUCCGGGCGGCAAAAAACACCGCAGGCCUCCACCAACGAUCUCUUGACCCUCGAGCCGUCCAAUACAUCAACGUUAAUGAGGAAUGGUACUCACUCAGACCAACAGUUACUGCUGAUGGAAGAAGCACAGCCGGCGAACACGUAUAUUCAAGAACGUGGUCAAGCGAUCGAGACGAUAGAGAGGACCAUCAACGAGCUAGGUGGCAUCUUCGGCCAGUUGGCAAGUAUGGUCUCGGAGCAGGGCGAAAUGCUACAACGAAUCGAUGCCAACACAGAGGAUGUGGUGGAUAAUGUUCAAGGUGCCCAACGGGAGUUGUUGAAGUACUGGAAUCGUGUACAAGGGAAUCGGUGGCUCGUUGCCCAGAUGUUUGGCGUGCUCAUGAUAUUCUUUUUGUUAUGGGUGCUAAUAUCGGGGUAA